AUGGGAGUAGACGGUAAAACGAUCCGGCUCCGGGCGUCUUGCAAUGCCUGCAACGAGUCCAAAGUGCGGUGCAGCCAGCGCAAGCCAACAUGUGCGCGGUGUGAGCGCAACGGGGUCGAGUGCAUCUACGGCCUGUCGCGGCGGACUCACAAGGACGCUCCGCCCAUAUCGAUGCCGCCGUCCCAGCGGCCACGCGGACCUUUACGACAAUCCUCGAACGGAGACAUGAACAACACCAGCAGUGGCCACGGUAACAACAACAGCAGCUGGAACGGGCUCGCCUUUCCUAAGAGCGCUUCUGUAACACCAUCCACGGCUACUCCCAACGGUGGCGCCUCACCCGAGCGAACAAUGUCUGCAGGAAUAUCAACACACGAUGCAAACACAACACUUUUCGGCGACUAUAUGUCCCAGUUACAACACUACACACCACAGACACCGGUGACGACAGAUCCGACAAAUCGCGCUGGGCUGCUGCUGGACUUCAGCAGUCUACCAAGAGGCACCGGCAGCUCAAGCAGCAGCGCCUUUGUUGACCCGCUAAGCGCGGCCGUGACGCAGUUCUCGACGCCCGUGGCCGAGUAUGCCAAUCCAUGGGCCAUGGGGACACUCUUCAGCGGUAACACCAACACAAACACCAACAGCAGCAGUGACGGCGGGCCGGCGGCCGAAAUGGCGGCGUACCUGGCAACACCACCAUCGCCGCCGUCGCUAGGCGAGUACACGUGUAACUGCCACGCGGGCGUCACAGAACUACUGACGUCGAUGCGCGGCGGCGGCGACGACCGGCGGCUGCCGAUCGACGCGCAGUUGGCCAAGCUCAAGCGUUGUAUCGUGUCGUCUGAGACGUCCAUGGCGUGCGUGCAUGGCCGCGAUGACGCCGAACCAAUCCACAUCAUGGCCGUCGCCACGCUCAUCGGAUAUGUCAUCGACGAGUUUGAGAUGCUCGCCAAUGAUUCAAUGUCUCCGCUGCGCAAGUCGGUGGCGAACGAGAUGGCAAACAUGGGAAACAUGGAGAGGGGCAGUAGUAUGUCGUCGGGCUCCGAAGAGUCCAUGUCCAUGGCCGCUGUUGGCACGGGCAUGUCCUUGGCAAACUUCAUGGAGCCUCGAUUAUCAUGGGGUAUGCUCGAGCUGGAAGACGAUGACGAAGUGGAUCUUCGGCAGAGGCUGUACCUACUCUCGUUCCGCAAGCUUGAGCGACUGUUGUCGCAGCUCACGCUGUAUUUGCGAAACCUGCAUGAUGCGCGAGUCGGCCUUGCGGACCCGUCGCGACAUAUGGCGUUUGUGAUGGCCUGCGAUUACACUCGCUUGUGGCUAGAGAAGAAGGCCGAGGAUGUCAAGAGGCUGCUUUCAUUCUCUGUGGGAGAUGAGAUUAUGGACCCAGCGCUCGUAUAG